GGGACGUGGCAGGUGCGCCGCGCAGGUGCGCCGGUCCUCCGGGCGAGGCCACUUCCGGGCCGGCGGCCGGACGUGGGGACGAGGGGACGAGGGGGCGGGGCGGCCGUUAAGCCGGUGACGGCGGCGCUGUCCGAGGCUGGAGGCGCGGUCCCACUCGCUCCUCGCCCGGAGCCUCCCUCCGGGGACAUGGCCCCGCUCCCUCCCGCGCCGCCGCCGCCGCCGCGCCCGCCGCGCGCGCAGCCCCGCCCUCCGCCGGCCCGAGUCUGACGGAGCGAGGCAGCCAUGAGCGCCAACCCCCAGUGGGACGUCAGCAGGGCGCUAGGGCUGGCCAGGCUCUUCCACCUGGUGUGUGGGGUCCGGGAUGGCUGCGUGACCCCGUUCCUGACCCUCUACCUGAGGCAGCUGGGCUUGACCGCGCCCUGGGUGGGCCUCCUAAUGGGAGCCAAGCACCUGAUCGCUGCCGUCUGGGCUCCCUUCUGUGCCUUCCUGGCCAAAAGCUACCAGAGACGGAGGGCACUUCUGAUAGGCUCGCUGCUUGGCUCGGCGGGAGCCAGCCUGUUGAUGGUCCUGGUGCCGCCGUUGGACAAAGAUCUGAUGCGCCGCUCCUGUAAUGGAAGCCACAGCGUGACCACCACAGUCCCACCGACGGCGGUCGCGUUAACUGUGACCAUCACCUCGGCCCAAGAGCCAGCCUCAAACCACCCAGCGGGAGCGCCCAGCCUCCCAGCCAAGAGGAGUACUACCAGGAUCGUGGGAGCCUCUGGCUUCGGAAAAGGACCUGGAGAAAGUGUCCAAGAACCUCUCAGUCAUCUUCCUGGCUACUCUGUGGGCCCCGUUGAUGGAGCCAGGAUCACAUCCGGAGUUCUCCUCCAUCCUGUCACGUCAGGGGCGAACAGUACUGCCUGGGAAGGUUCUUUUAAGGUGGUCAGUGCUGCCCUCCCUUUGCUUGCUGGGAGCACAGCGCUACGAAGUCCAGCCAACUUGUCGGCAGCCAAGGGGAACACCAGGUCCCUUGACCUCUCCUUGCAAGGGUUGCAGUGGACUUUCAUCCUCUCCUUGGGGUCCAUGGUGUUCUGGGAGCUGCUGACAGCCCCUCUGGAGCAGGUGGCGGACGACAGCCUUUAUGAAUACCUGGAUUUUGUGGACGCCACUGACCGUUACAGAAGCCUGUGGAUCUGGAAGCUGCUGGGCAUGUCAGCAGGCGUGUGUGGCAUCACAGCCUUGGUGGGGCAGCUGGACUGCCUCCUGAUGACAAAUGGCGCCCAGGGUGUGGUGCACUUCUACGGCUACUCGCUGGUCAGCAUCCUGGCUUUACUGGUGAGCACUGCCUUUCCCAUCCCUGUCUGCAGGCAGCGGGAGCCCGACCACAAAACUGUCAAAGCACUGUCUCUGGUAGGGGGCGACCCCCGGCUCGUUCUCCUAGCCUUCACUGUCUUUCUGAUAGGAGCCGCCACCAGCACGGUGCAGAACUUUCUGUUCUGGCACAUGGAAGACCUUGGUAGCAGUGAGCUGGUCAUGGGGCUCUCAGUCGCCCUGGGCUGGCUGGGGGAAAUUCUACUUCAUCCGUUCGAAACUGCGUUGCUUAGGAAACUGUCCAGGGUGGGCACGGUGGGGCUGGGGCUGGGCUGCCUCGCGGGGCAGCUGCUUUACUACUCUUUCCUCUGGAGCUGGUGGUCUGUCCUCCCGGCUCAGAUCUUGAGUGUCAUCAGCAACGGGGCUCUGUGGUGGGCAGUCAGGGCCUCAGUAGAGGACCUGGCCACUCCCAGAACAGAGAGACCUCUGAGUGCCAUGUUCCGAGGCCACUUUUAUGGGGGUGGGGCCAGCCUGGGCAGCUUUGUGGGGGGCUUCGUGGUGAUGCGCUUCAGCCUGGCUGUGCUCUACCAGGCCUGCUGCGUGGUCCUGCUGCUCUGGCUGGCCUUGUUCCUGUCCAUCCAGCCGAGACUGCCCCAAGAGCGGAAAAUCAACUACUCGAAGCUGCUGGCUGUGGAGGCAAGUGACACGAGUGACUCUGAGCAGGAGACUGAACGGGACUGGCUUGUGAAGGCCAUGAGGGAGGAACACUCAGACUGGAAAGGCUGAGAGGAAGUCAAGAUGCAUUGAUCUGGGAAGGAGCCAAAGGACUGGACAAAGCUCAGCCCGCUGAGGACGAAGUUCUCGAGGCCUGCCUGGGGCUGCAAGGCGCCUCGGGAGAGAGAAAGCAUGUCUGUGCCAAAGCCCCACAGGAUCAUCUCAUUGCAUGAUUUUCUUUACUUUUAUAGUAAGAGGAGACUUAACUUUUUGCUCUUCAAUGCUUUUUAAAUAAUGGAGGAAGAAUACAUUUGCCAAAAAACAACAAAACGUUCCCUAUGUCUUCACUAUAUUUUGGUGUAUGAGGUUUGCAAUAGGUUUCCUUGUACUGACUCUGGUGCUGUUGAUUUCAGCCCUGGCUGGAGUGGCAGUGCCGGCAAGGCAGUGGAGACUGGCAGGAUUCAGCCGCUGGAGGGGGCAGCUGGCUUCAAUGAGUCAUGUCCAUUCCCAUGGGUCCUAGGGGCAUGAGCCUGAUCUAUAAAAGCCGUGCUGUGGGCUGGUAAGAUGGUAGUGAAAACCGAGACUCUUCUGUCCCCCCACUGCUGCACAGGCCCGCACUCACAGCCUGGGACUUAAGUUUCCAACAAGAGAAAAUGAUGGGAAAUGUUAUCUGUGUUGCGGGGAGAGGAGGCAGAGGUUAGUAGGUUUUCAUUCUUACUCCCCACUGUGUGUGUCGCCAGGGAAAGGAUCCUUAGGCUCCUCUUCCAUAUUUACGCCAGAGCGAGGGCAAUUUUGUGCCCUUUGGACUCCCUCCCACUUUGCACGCUCCACCUAGCAAGCGCACGUGCAGAUUUUUUGCAUCUGCCUUGAUUAGGGUGAGCAGCCCCAUAGGGUUAGGAUGCUAUAGAUAGUCCACCCUGUACCUGUGCCUAGACACUUGCUGGGGUGCCUUCUGGAACCCUCCCCUUGCCCCUGGAAAGGGCCCUUUAUUCCAGAGGCCAGCUCCCAGAGCCCAAUUCUUCUACUUUAUAAUCAGGCAAGUAUAGGAUAGUGGAUUUAAAGGGUGUCUCAUUUUACAAAUGCAGAAAAUGUCUCAGAGCUGGAGGAAGGAAACACACACAUGCAUGUCCACUGGAUCAGACAUGGUUCUAGGAACUUUAGUCUUUUUUAAUUCUCCCUGAGAAGCUUUGGGUUACAAAUAACCAACAAAAAUACCUCUGCCUUAAAUAAUUCGAGAUUCAUUUGUCUCACAUAAGAAGUCUACUGGUAGGCAGUCCAGAGCUGUUACACCUGCUCAGUGAUGCCACUGGGAACCUAAAUGUUUUCAUCUCUUUGCUCCAUCAUCCUCAGCUUGUUGGCCUCCUUCCCAUAUUUGUCCACUCAUAAUAACAAGGUGGCUGCUGCACCUCCAGGCCUCUCAGCCAUGUUCCAGGCAGGAAGAAGAGGGGAAAAGGAGAGACAAGAAUAAGUGCCUAUAUCAGGAAAACAAAAGCUUUCCAGGAAAUCCUCAGCAGACUUCUGAGUGAACCACAUCACAUGGCCACCCUGAACUGCAAAGGAGUCUGGGGGGUCGAAUAUUUUCCACUGGGCACACUUAGACCCCAAGCAAAAUCAGGGGUCUGUUAGAAAGAAGAGGGGACUGGAUGCUGGAUCAUCACCUAGCAAUGUCCAGCACAGUAUCAGAAGUGGAAUUCACAUCCAGCCAGUGUGAUUCCAAAGGCUAUGUUCCUUUCUGCACAGUGAGCCAGCUCCCCCACAGAAAUGACCUUAGCCAUUGGACCCCACAACAACCCUAUGAAUAUAUCUGAUUUGUUGACUGCAUUUUACAAGUGAGAAAACAGAGUCUUGGAAAAGUCAUUCACUGGAUCCCUGGCAGAAACGUCACCAGAGCCCUGAUCUCCUUACCCCAAAUUUCGUGCAUUUUCUGCUGUGCCAGCAGUUCCCAAACCUGGCUGGCCAUCCAAGUCACCUGGAGAGCAUACCCAAAAAUACAGCUUCCUAGGUUCCAUCAGAAUCUCUCAGGUGGGGCCCAGAAAUCAUUUUUUUGUUUGUUUGUUUUGUGAGGAAGAUUGGCCCUGAGCUGACAUCUGUGCCAAUGUUCCUUUACUUUAUGUGGGAUGCUGCCACAGUGUGGCUUGACAAGUGGUGCCAGUUCUGUGCCUGGGAUCUGAACCCACAAACCCUGAGCUGCCGAAGCAGAGCUCACAAACUUAACCACUACGCCACCGAGUGAGCCCCAAGAAAUCGGUAUUUUUAAUAGAAUCUCCAAGAGAUUCUGAUAGGGCUAAUAGGGCACUAGUCCGCUUGGUUACCCUUUCCAGCCCUACCCGUCUCACAACAUCUUUGCCGAAUGCUUCUGGCACACGGUGAAAACAGCUGUUGAGUGGCUACCAUAUGCCAGGCAGUGUUCUAAACACUUUGCAUGACCAGCUCACUUAACCCUCAUAGCAAUCUUAGGAUGUAGCCAUGACCACCCCAUCCACCUUACAGAUGGCAAACCUGACAGCUGAGCAAAUUGCCUGAGGUCACACAGCCAGUAGGUGGCAGAGUUGGGAUUCAGAUCCAGCCCAGUGACACUGGAGCCUGAGACUUUGAUCACUACGCUCUAUGGCUAAAAGAUUGGACAAAAGAGGGAAAAAAUAGAAACUAAGUAUUAAGGAGGCUAUCACUUGAAAUUUACUAGAUAGUCAAUAGUACUUACUAUGUAGACAGAGCAUACAAAAUAAUACCAAAAUACAAACAAGUGUGUGUCCCCCAACAUAAACGAAAGGAAGAGUUUUGUUAGUUAAAACUUAAAACAGAGUUAAGUUAGUCCCUGUGGUUUGGCCUGAAGAAG